CCUUCCUCCGUCGGCUUUUUCCUGCGUCCACUGCGGGUGACGUCAUUGCCGCUCGCCGCGGAGUGUUGGCGCACGAGGAGAAACGGCAGCAUGGAUCCAGCUACGGAGGUUCCUGUGGAUCAAGGGCAGAUUAAAAAAGCAGCUCAAGCCCUCCUUGCCUUCAGCGCCAGUAAGCAAAAAAAUGCAGAGAAGCUGCUGUUGAAUGAGGACCAGCAUGUAUUUCUGAUGGUCACAGUUUGGAAAAUCCCUCCACGUGAACAAGCCAUCAAAAUAACACUGCCUCAUGAUAUUUUGCCGGUCACAUCAGAUGUUUGCCUCUUCACAAAAGAUGAGCCAAGCUUAACAGCUGAGCAGACUGAGAACUUGUACAGGAAACUCUUGUCCCAGCAUGGGAUCACAAGGAUCAGCGAGGUCAUCUCCUACAAAACACUGAAAAAAGAAUAUAAACCUUAUGAAGCAAAGCGUCGCCUCCUGAGUCGAUUUUCUCUCUUUUUGGCUGAUGACCGGAUUCGACGGCUUCUGCCAUCGCACAUAGGGAAACACUUCUAUAGGAGUAAAAAGGCUCCUGUGCCUGUGAAUCUGAAAGCGAAGGACCUCUCUAAGGAAAUAAACAAGCAUCUCCAAGGCACUAUUCUUCCAAUCACAAACAAGGGCUGUUGCUAUUCUAUACGUGUUGGUCACAGUGGCAUGGAGGCCUGGCAGAUCUCUGAAAACGUUGUUGCUGCCGUGAAAGUGUUAGCCACGAAAGCCCCCCAGAUCUGGAAAAGUGUUAAGAUCCUUCAUCUCAAGAUGAGCAAAUCUGUUGCUCUUCCGAUCUUUACCUGUAGUAAUCCCAAAUCAGGUGCUCCUCAGAAACGGCCAGAUGCUGAAGUUGAACAGGAAAACCAAGCCAAGAAGAAGAAAAAGAAAGGGAAAAAGACAGCUGGAAAGAAGAACUUGGCUAAAGCCGGGGCGACAGGAGAAAUCACUGGGGGAAAGAAAGCAGCAGUCUCUGCCGUUGUCAAAGCGGAAGAAGAAGAUGAGGAUGGAGAUAUUCCACAGCUGGUUCCAAUUGAAGCAUCUCCUGGUGUGAAAAAGGAGAAGGUGAUAGAGCCUAGUCCUGCCGCAGGAAAAGAAGUCAAAGCAGGCAAAAAAGGUUCGGCAACUCUAACUCUCCUUGGCAAGAGGAAGACGUCCCUGUCUCCAGGAACACAACUGAAGACACCUGGAGUUGGGUCGAAAUUGCUCGGACGAGACAAGAAACCCAAGACCCGAAGCUAAAAUGUCUUCGAGAAGGAGCAGACAAAGACCCCAAAUAAGACAGAAGCAAAGUCUUCUUUGACCCCUAAACCAGGGAAAUUGGUCAAGUCUGCCAAGAAAGCUCCUUAAACUUGGGGAAAUGAAUGUGCCGCAGUCAACAUGACCAGCAUUGCAGCACAUUGUCAAGUUGCUUUCCUAAACAUAGGGUUGUAGCCACCAAAGUUGUCCUGUUCGCACAAGGACGUGUCCGCUCACUCUUCUGUCCUCCCGUGUGCCCCACCCCACCUCCUUCCAAACACUCUCUGUGUCCCAACUGGAUGUCCUUGCACCAAUAGGAUGACUUUGUUGGGUACAACCUGUUUCAGUGGAGUCAGGAGUUCAGCAGAAAAGUCACCUUGAGAAUAGGGUGCCUAUAGAGAGCCAGCAUUUUUCUUACCAAGCUGUAAUCUUGUUUCACACUGCUAAUACAGACCUGUGUUAUUCAGAUCUAUAUAAAGUCAGAUUUUCCUUUUAUGACACGUGCAUUGCAUCAUCUUUUUUUGCCUAUACUUCAUUAUCUAUUUUAUAUUAAUAUAACAAUUUAAUAUGACGUACAAUUAUAGCAUGAAAGUUAAAUAAUGGACCUAUUUCCUAACCUUAGUCUCUUGGGUAACAAGGAUUUUUUUUUUUUACAAAACACCUCCUAAUACUCCAAAUACGUUAUUUAUUCAGAUACUUCUCAGCUGGUGACAAUUUUUAUUUUAUUUUAUUUAAGUACAUUAAGCCCAUGACAUCAACAGAAUUGAGUACUGUAGUUAUCUUCUAACCCUAGUUACUUAAUUUAGCAAACUGCUAGUAACCCCAAUAUCGAUUCCUUUUUUUUUUUUUUGGCAAAUAAAAUUCUUUAUUUGUUUACUUUCAAACAUUACAAGCCAUAUUAUCACAAACAAAAAAGAGUAAGAAUUAAAUAAAAACAUUACAAGUCAUAUAAACACAAACAAAAAAUUAAGGAUGACGUAGAAAUGGAAACAAAACGAGCAAAGCAAUAAAAAAAACUUACAGGCACAAAAAAGAAAAAAAUGAAAUAAAAUCUCCUCUAAUAACAUCAAAUCAAAGUUUACAUCUUUUCAGCAUCCCAUCACCCUCCCCUCCACCCACCCUAAGUGAUUACAAACUUCCAGCCAUUUUUGUCCUGCGCCUUUCAUUUUCUGUCAUGCGUCUGCAUACCUGAUUUCUUAUUUUCUCAAUUGAAAAAAAACCACCUUUUAUUUCUGAGUCUUCAUAUGGCUUCUGCAAGAGAGGCGUUUUCCACCAUUGUAGCUAAAUAGUUUCUAAAUUUCCCCCAAUCUUUAUCUCUUUUAUCCUCAUUUAUCCCUUUAACUUCUGCCAUUUUCGUCGCUGAAUUAUAAUAUAUUAACAUUUUAUUUUGCCAAUCCUCUUUGCUCGGUAUCUUUUUGCUUUUCCAAUUAAUAUCCUGGCUGCUGUCGCUGCAUACAUUACGAUAAUUCUUAUCAUUUGGCCGAAUUUCAUCAUGGAGCAUCCCAAGGAGAAAUAAUUUAGGGUUCUUUUUCCAAGGAAUACUUAGGUAUUUUUUUCAUUUCUUUGUAAACCAUAUCCCAAUAGGGUUUAAUUUCACUGCAUUUCCCCCAAAUAUGAAUAUAGCUGCCAAUCUCAUUUUGGCACCUCCAACAUUUAACAUCAAUUCCUUUAUACAUCUUGGCUAGCUUUUCUGGGAUUAAAUGCCACCUAUGCUGCAUUUUAAUUAAAUUUUCUUUCAAAUCAUAACUUGCCAUAAAAUUCAUACAGUAUCUCUAUUUCAUAAUCUCUCCCAGCUUUCCAUCAUAAUUGCUUUCCCCAAAUCUUGUCCUCAACAAAUCAUUGAUAUUUUUGUUAAUUCUUCUUUUGUUUCCCAUUCCAAUAAUAAACUAUAUAAUUUUUUAUAUACUUAUUCUUGCCAAUUGUUAAAAUUUUAUCAAAUUUGGAAACUUCCUUAUUAAAUCCUACUUUUUUAUCUUU